AGCUGAUCAGCUGGGCGUUUUGAUGUUGUGUAAAAUUAAAGUUUGACUUGUGUACGCGAAAAUGUGCUAAUGAACGCGGAGACUCUUUUUUAUUUGAAUUUUUGAAAAAGCUAAUCCCGAUCAUGUCGGUUAUGCUAACAGCAGAUUGGUUCCCGCUGGGACGGGACAUCUACUUUCGGAAAUUUGAGAUCUAUCCACUAAAUUUUCAACUCGAAACUAGCUCCGACAAUUUAGUUAUUGCUGCUCCUUACGGAGGUUCGAUUGCAAUAGCCAGGAAUCCGAAAAAAUGUGUCAAAGUGCAGGGAUCGGCCAAAACCAUUAUUUCCUUCUACUCUUCAUCUGGAAAUUUAAUGGCAAAAAUGCAGUGGAGUAGUGGUCAACUAGUGGCUCUUGGUUGGUCACACCAAGAAGAACUGCUGUGUAUACAAGAAGAUGGAAUGGUUCUGAUAUAUGACAUGUUUGGCAAUUAUCAGCACACGUUUAGUAUGGGAGAAGAGGCAAAAGAAACUAAAGUUGUAGAAGCUCAGUUCUUUCCUAGUCUAAAUGGCACAGGUGUUGCCAUUCUGACAUCUGCUAAUCGUAUUUUUCUAGUCAACAACGUCUCAGAGCCAAAAGUUAGAAAAUUUUCAGACGUGCCUAAAUUUGGUGGUGUAAUCCAUAGCUGGUGCGUUGUUCGUCAAGAGCGAGAUAGUCAAGUUGUGAUAGCAAACCAUGAUGGAAUACAUUUACUUCAUCAUUCUUACCAAACACCAAUUUCUAUACCUUUUCACAAACUUUUUAAUAAUAAAGUAAAUGGGGUCAGUGCAAUGGCUGUUUCUGCCAACAGUAGGCACAUAGCUUUGUAUUCAGAUACAGGCCAUUUAUAUCUGGGUUCAGUUGAUUUGAAGGAAAAAUACUAUGAGUAUGCUACGAAUAUGAAAGAUCCACUUACUGAUAUGGCAUGGUGUGGUUCUGAGGCAGUUGUUUGUUGUUGGGACAGAACUAUGAUGAUAAUUGGCUGUUUGAAAGGAGGAGAAACUAUAUCCUUCUCUUACGAUGGUCCAGUUCAUUUAGUAACAGAGAUCGAUUGUGUUAGGGUUCUUUCAGCCUUCUCUCAUGAAAUAAUUCAAAAAGUUCCUAAUGUUGUGCAGAAAAUAUUUAGAAUCAACUCCACUGAUGCUGCAUCUUACCUGCUAGAGGCUUCCAAGCAGUUUCAAAAAAAGAGUCACAAAGCUGACAGUUAUAUCGAUUUGGUUAAAGAUAAAUUAGACAGUGCAGUUACAGAUUGCAUUAAUGCUGCAAGUCACGAAUUCGAUUUUCAAACACAAAAGCUUCUUAUACGAGCUGCAAAGUUUGGAAAAGGUUUUAGUAGAAACAUUAAUCCUGAUUACUAUGUGAACAUGUGCAAAACUUUGAGAGUUUUGAAUGCCAUAAGACAUCCUAAAAUUGGUAUUCCUCUAACUCACAUACAAUUAAACAUGCUGACACAUCAAGUAAUGCUGGAUAGAUUGGUAGCAAGAAGAUACUAUUAUCUUGGUAUCCAAAUUGCAAGGCAUCUUCAACUAUCAGAAAUUGAUGGAGAGAGUAGGAUUUUAGCUCACUGGGCUUGUUACAAGGUGAAACAGACUUCGUUAGACAAAGAGCAAAUAGCAGAAGAAAUUGCUGAUAAACUGGGAUAUACUCCAGGUGUAUCUUAUAGUGAAAUAGCAGUAAGAGCUGCAGAUUGCGGACGUAAACAAUUAGCUAUAAAGUUGAUUGACUAUGAACCAAAAGCUCAACUUCAAGUACCUUUACUUCUGAGAUUAGGAGAAGAACAAGCAGCACUUAAAAAAGCUGUGGAAAGUGGUAACACAGAUUUAGUUUAUACAGUGAUUUUACACUUAAGGGAACACAUGCCUUUAUCAGAUUUUCAGAUGGCCAUUAUGCAUUGCCCACUAGCAAUGACAUUGUAUAUAAAAUAUUGCCAGAAUCAUAACAGGGAAACACUGCGUGAUAUUUAUAAUCAGUAUGACGACUAUUAUUCACAAGCGCUUUGGUUUGUAAGAGAAAGCUAUCAGAAUUUAACUUCAAGAGAUGCAAUGCUGCAAUCAGCAUUAGACAACUUCAAGUUAGCACGUUGUGAUACAAAUGCAAGUUUGACAGAUGAACAAAUAAAAUUAUUGAGAUAUCAGCGAUCUUUAGAAGAAACUUUACAUGAAUCUGUAGUAGGGAAACCUCUUCACGAUACAGUAAAAAUUUUACUACUAAAUAAUGAAAUUAAGUUAGCUGACAAAUUGAGAUCAGAAUACAAAUUCCCAGAUCGAAGGUACUGGUGGUUACGAAUUCAGUGUCUAGCUGAAAAAGGUCUGUGGGCAGAGUUAGAAAAGUUUUCAAAGAGCAAAAAAUCGCCUAUUGGAUAUGAGCCUUUUAUAGAUGAAUGCUUGAAGUAUAAGAAAGAAACAGAAGCAAAAAAGUACCUCACUCGUGUUAAAGAUGAGUUGAAAGUCAAGUAUUUUGUGAAAUUAGACAUGCUGCUGGAAGCAGCACAAACUGCACUAGAGCAAAAAGAUUUGGUUGCUAUGUCUUAUGUGUUAUCUCACUGUAAUGCAAGUGACAGAAGACUGCAAGAGAAAGUUAGUGCCAUGAUGGCACGUUUAAAAAAUGGAAAGUGAUAAACUGCAAAAUUAAAAAAGAACGUUGCUUAUAUUUUUAAGGAUAGGUGUAAGUGUAUCUAUUACUUAUAAGUUGUAAAUAUACAUACAAAAAUUAUUUUAUUUCGUUAUUUUGUGUAUUCAAAAUAUUGUUAAUAUUUAUAUAACAUUGCAUUUAUAAAAUUUAUAAACAUACCACAACCAAAACUUGAUUUGCAUAAUAAAAAAAUCAUUGUAAUUUUC